AUGUCUAAAGAAGCAGCGAAAGAUAGAUUUUUGAAUGUUUUCAAAGAGAUUGUCGAUGAAUUAACAGGCAUUCUUGUUUCCUAUAAAAUGCCUAAAGAGGCCAUCACUUGGUUUCAAAACAAUUUAAAUUACAAUACUCCUGGAGGAAAAUUGAACCGUGGAUUAUCAGUAGUUGACACAUAUGCGAUUUUGAACAACACCACAGCCGACAAAUUAGAUGAUGAAACCUACAGAAAGGUUGCUAUUUUGGGAUGGGCAAUUGAGUUAUUACAAGCUUAUUUUUUGGUUGCUGAUGAUAUGAUGGAUCAGUCCGAAACUCGAAGAGGACAACUAUGUUGGUACUUGAAUGAAGGCGUGGGAAUCAUAGCCAUUAACGACUCAUUUAUGUUAGAAGGUGCCAUUUACGAAAUUUUGAGAAGACAUUUUCGUAAGGAUUCGUAUUACGUGGAUUUGUUAGAUUUAUUUCAUGAAGUAACUUUCCAAACCGAAUUAGGCCAAUUGUUGGAUUUGGUAACUGCUGACGAGGACCAUGUCGAUUUGAGUAAGUUUUCCUUGGAAAAACAUUCAUUCAUUGUCAUCUUUAAGACAGCAUACUAUUCUUUUUACUUGCCUGUUGCCUUGGCCAUGUACAUGUCAGGAAUUAACGAUGAAAAGGAUUUGAAACAAGUUAAGGAUGUUUUGAUUCCUCUUGGUGAGUACUUUCAAAUUCAGGAUGACUAUUUGGACUGUUUCGGAACUCCCGAACAGAUUGGAAAGAUUGGAACCGAUAUUAAGGACAAUAAAUGUUCUUGGGUUGUAAAUCAAGCGUUAUUACAUGCAACUCCAGAACAAAGAAACUUGUUAGACAACAAUUACGGAAUGAAAGAUGACGAGUCAGAAGCCAAGUGUAAACAAUUGUUCAAAGACAUGGGUAUUGAAAAAAUUUACCAUGAAUACGAAGAAUCAAUUGUUCAAAAAUUAAGACAACAAAUUGAUCAAAUUGAUGAGUCAAGAGGCUUGAAAAAGGACGUCUUGACCGCAUUCUUGAAUAAAGUGUAUAAGAGAUCUAAAUAG